AUGGCGACACUGAUCAAUAUUGGUCUUACAACUUAUUUUACAUUGGUAGCAAUAAUCGGAACCCUUGGUAAUGGUGUUAUUUUAUUAGCAUAUGGAAAUCGUUGGAAUUCAUCGAAAUCAACAUCAGUUAUAUUCAUACUUAUUCUUGCUUGUAUAGAUUUGUGGACAUGUUUAAUUGUUGUACCAACCAUUGCCAUAAUGGAAUAUCGUGAUUUUGAUGUACCAACACCAAUAUGUCGCUUUUAUUCUUUUUCGAAAAAUCUUAUUAUUAUAUCAUCGUUUAUUAUGUCCUUUAUUGCUUUUGAUCGAUUUUUAAAUAUUGCUUUACCACAUCAUCGAUUACUUAAUCCACAACGAGUUAAAGUUUUGCUAACAUUAUUUAUCUCAAUUGGUAUUGGACUUGGUACAUUAACUGCAUUAGCAUUUUCAACUCAACCAAAUAAAAAAAAUUACCUUGCUAAUUAUGAUUUUAUUGAAGCAAAUGGAUCAUAUGUAACAAAUAAUCAAAAAGAAAUUUCUUUAGAUGUUGAUCAAAAUUCAUCAUUUUCACCAAAUAUGAUUAAUUCAAUUAAUGAACACCUUUCUAUUAGUGAUGGUGCUAAUUUAACAAAUUUUACUUUACAAUAUAAAUCAACAACUCUACGAUGUUUUGCUGAUACAUCGAUUAUAUCUGAAAACUUACGAGAUUUAUUAAAACAUGUAUCAAAUAAAGUUUUUUUUACUUUAAUUGGUAUAGUUACAAUUUUUUAUACAAUUACAUUUGUACUUGCUUUACAUCGACAAAAUCCUCGUAUACGUGCAUUAAAAAGAAGUUUAAAUGUUUUAAAUAAAUUUGAUUCAUAUCCAUCAACCAGAUCUAAUGAACGAGCAACUGAUUCUAUUGUUUCAGUUGAACCUCCAUUAUAUUCAUCAGGAACAAUGGCAACAACAACAACAGCCGUAUCAUCAAAACAAGCGACAAUCAUACUAAAUAAAUUUAAUCAUUCUGAUGAUAACUUAUUAUCAAAACAAACAUUAAAUAAAGCUGGUAGUAUUACUGAUGAAAAACAGUAUGAAAUGUCAAAUUUUAUUAAUAAUGAUGAUAGUGAUGAUCAAAAUAAUUCGUCACCACUUUUAUUAAGAAAAACAGUAAAACAUGAAGAUAAAACACAGCAAGACCAUCAUAUAAGUAUAUCAGAUGGUAUAUCAGAUGAUUUACAACCAUCAACAGAAAAAAUACAUGGUACUAAACAAGUAUCAUUUCGAAUCGAUAGUCAUCGUAAUACAUUAAAUAAUGAACCAAAUCAACAUUAUUCAACAUCAUCUAGUUUUUUUAAUGGUGAUGUAAAUGUUAAUAAUGAUAUGUACUAUAAAUUACCAUGCCCAUGUUCAACAACAUGCCAAUUAUUAAUUAAAUUUCAUUUUGCACGACCAUCGUCACAAUUAAAUCGAUGGCUAUGCUUUUGUUGUAUAAAAAAUAAAUCAUCAUCGAAUCAUCAUUCAUCAAUUGGAAAUCAAACUCAAGACGAAACAACAAAAGUAUUAACAUCAUCUAUACAAGGUAAUCGUACAACAGCAUCAAAUAGUGAAACGUUACGAAAACAAUUACAUCAACAUCGUUUAAAACAAAUACGCAUGGCAUCAACAUUUUUAAUUAUAACAGUAUCAUUUGUUCUUUUUUAUUUACCAUCAAUUUUAAAUGCUGAACGAAUUAUAAAAAGUCAUAUUAUGGUUUAUUAUUUGUAUUUAUGUACACAUGCAUUAAAUCCAGUUAUUUAUUGUUUUAUGAAUCCAAAUUUACGUGCAUAUGUUAUGUCAAUGUUUCAUUGUCGCACGAGACAAAAAGAACGAAAUAUUGGUAAAAGAAGAACAUCAAUAUUUGAACGAUGA